UGAACGUGUGUGAGUGUGUGUGAGUGUGUGUGGGUAGGGCUUUAUAUUAAACUUACAGAUCCUGCUUGUCAGCGUUAAACCGUUCUGAACCCAGACGCACAGCAGCAUCCCGGUGGUGUUUUCAUUUCACUGCUCCAGCAUGACCUCAGACAUUACCGCAGACUUGGAGCUAGAGCUGGGCGAGUUGCUGCAGGAGUUCCAGGAUGUGGUGGAGGAGUUGAAGGCCCCUUCUCAAAGCAAACCUCACGCUUACCAGCACGUCCUGCAGCAGGCCAAAAGUCGCACAGGGCUGGGCGACGACAGCGGAGUCGAGGACUCUGAUUACAGCAGUGAAGCUUCUUUGGGAAACAGUUUGAACACCAGCGAGGAGGAGCUUCACACAGCAGGCAUAACGCUGGCACCGAAAGCCAAGCUGGGAGACACGAGGGAACUUGAGAGUUUUAUCGACAUGUUGGACCAGGAACUAGCAGAGAUGUGAACAGAGAGUAAGCGAGCCACGCAGAGGGGGGGAAAACAGGCCGGGGGCAACAUGGCUGGCUACUGCCGAGCAGACAGGCAGAUCUACACCAGAGCAGAUCUGAGGGAGCAAAAGCUCCCCUGGCUGCUCCAGGGGAAAAGGUUAACAUCAGAAAUUAAAAGGGCACACCAUUCCAAAAUGCAAGAACACCCUCAGACCCCUGGCGACGCCGCGUCCAGCCGGCAAGAUGACGUCCCUCCAGCAUCCGCGAUGUGUGACAUAUUCCUGAAACUAGACAAAGCUUCCAUCUGUCCGGGGCGUACGAGAAAACGCUGCUCAGAGUAAACAAAGCAUGUUCGUGCCACAUUUAAAAUCCCCAUACGUACUAUGCCAGUAAAGGGCCCUUAAUCCUCAGUGGCAUAUAUAUAUAUAUAAUAUAUUUUUUUUUUGUAAAGGUGGCUGUUAGAAAUUACAGAUGGCACUUUAGUUUCAAACUAAUUUAAAGUCCAAGGGGUUUAGAUCUGCUGUGUAAUAUCAAAAGUUGUUUAUGUGCUGACAUUUCCAGUGUACAGUUCUCGUUAAUAUUAUUUGUUUUAUAUAUAUAUAUAUAUAUAUAAAUUGUUGUACAGAUGAAUGCACAUCUAAAUAAAGCUACAUUUUGAUUGAA